AUGGCAAAAAAUUUUAAUUUAAAAAAAUUCGGAUUAUCAAUAUGCAUCACGUCGUUGAUUGUUCUGGCGAACUUGUUCCUAAUGGAAAAUGUUUGCACGUGGAGCCCCAAUAAAAACGUAUUCCCUGAAUUGGAGGUACGUGGCACAGGACCAAGGCAGCUAGCCGAAUCAUCAAUAGACGUAGAAAAUUCUCACUCAACUAAAUUGUACGAAAACGAGACACUCAAUCAAAUUGAAGAAGAAAAAGGUACUAGCUCCAAUAAUUCUGAGUUACCAUUCGGAUGUAAAGAAUCCGAAAUUUAUAGAAAUUUAACAGUGGAUGAAUUAAAUAAACUAAUUACUUCCUGUUUAUUUUUCGUAAGCAAUCGAAAAGCCUUUGUCGUAUUUCACCAUUAUACAAACUAUUUAAGAUCCUGCUUCCACAACAUGAUAGAAGAUUUAUUAUAUCAUUUUAAAAAAUCAGCAAAACAACAUGGAGUUUCAGAAGAAUAUCAAAAUGAAUGCUGGAACCAAUGUAAAGAUGAGCUUAUGAUAAAUUUAAACGAAAUAGAAUAUAUUUCUCGAAAUAAAUUUUAUCUUUUCCUACAGAGAAAAAUCAUAUUUGAUUCUGAAUUUUUUGCAUUUUUGGAAAAAUAUCAAAACACCUGGUAUGCUAUUAUUGAUGGAUAUGAAAAAAAAUGGACUACAUUUUUGAAAGACAAAAUAAAGUCCUAUAAACCGCAGUAG